GUGAUGAACGCGAGCUCAUCUUCGCUCAACGACUCCCAGGUGGUGGCAGUGGCGGCCGAGGGUGCGGCGGCAGCGGCCACCGCAGCAGGAGCGCGGGACACCGGUGAAUGGGGGCCGCCGGCAGCCGCAGCCGCAGCUGCGCUGGGGGGCAGCGGCGCAGCUAAUGCGUCGCUGGAGUUGUCUUCGCAGCUGCCAGGGGGGCCGACGGGGCUGCUGCUGUCUUCAGUGAAUCCAUGGGACGUACUGCUCUGCGUGUCUGGGACGGUGAUCGCAGGCGAAAAUGCGCUGGUGGUGGCGCUCAUCGCGUCCACACCUGCGCUGCGCACGCCCAUGUUCGUGCUGGUAGGCAGCCUGGCCACCGCCGACCUGCUGGCGGGCUGCGGUCUCAUUCUGCACUUCGUAUUCCAGUACGUGGUGCCCUCGGAGACUGUGAGCCUGCUUACUGUAGGCUUCCUCGUGGCCUCCUUCGCUGCCUCCGUCAGCAGCCUGCUGGCCAUUACGGUGGACCGCUACCUGUCCCUCUACAACGCGCUCACCUAUUACUCGCGACGGACCCUGUUGGGCAUGCACCUCCUUCUCGCUGCCACCUGGACGGUGUCCUUAGGCCUUGGGCUGCUGCCGGUGCUUGGCUGGAACUGCCUGGCAGAGCGCGCCGCCUGCAGCGUGGUGCGCCCGCUGACGCGCAGCCACGUGGCACUGCUCUCCGCCACCUUCUUUGCCGUCUUCGGCAUCAUGCUGCACCUUUACGUGCGCAUCUGCAAGGUGGUCUGGCGUCACGCGCACCAGAUCGCGCUGCAGCAGCACUGCCUGGCGCCGCCCCACCUUGCCGCCACCAGAAAGGGUGUGGGUACGCUGGCCGUGGUGCUGGGCACUUUCGGUGCCAGCUGGCUGCCCUUUGCCAUCUACUGCGUGGUAGGCAGCCACGAGGACCCAGCUAUCUACACCUACGCCACCCUGCUGCCCGCCACCUACAACUCUAUGAUCAAUCCUAUCAUCUAUGCCUUCCGCAACCAGGAGAUCCAACGCGCCCUGUGGCUCUUGUUUUGUGGCUGUUUCCAGUCCAAAGUGCCCUUCCGCUCCAGGUCCCCCAGUGAGGUCUGA